AUGGCUCACAAAGGCACCACGCACACUCUCAACACCGGAGCAAAGAUUCCCGCCCUUGGUUUCGGUACCUGGCAGGACAAAGAUGCUCAGCAUGAGGCCGUAUCAAUUGCCCUCAAGGCAGGCUACCGCCACAUCGACACCGCCCGCAUCUACGGCACAGAGCCGGCCGUAGGCAAGGCGAUCAAGGACUCCGGCAUCCCACGUGAUCAGAUCUUCAUCACCACCAAGCUGUGGAACAACUCCCACCACCCCGAUGACGUCGAGAAGGCCCUCGACGCCUCGCUGAAAGAUCUCGGCACCGACUAUGUUGACUUGUACCUCAUGCACUGGCCAUCGCCUUUCGCCCGUGGCGACGACAUGUUCCCCAAGGACGCGAACGACAAUGUCAAGCCCGGCGACACAGACUACGUCAGCACCUACAAAGCCAUGGAGAAAGCCCUGAAGUCCGGCAAGACGAAGGCGAUCGGAAUCUCCAACUUCAGUCGCGCAGAGCUUGAGCGCCUACUAAAGGAGACGGAUGUAGUCCCCGCAGCUCACCAGCUCGAGCUGCAUCCCUGGCUCCAGCAAAACGAGUUCACGCAGUUCCACAAGGAGAAGGGCAUCCACGUCACCCAGUACUCUCCCUUUGGCAACCAGAACGAAAUUUACGACUCCGGGAAGGGCAUUGGCAAGCUCAUGGACGACCCUGUUCUCGUCGAGAUUGGCAAGAAGCACGGUAAGACGGGCGCGCAGGUCGCGCUCGCGUGGGGCAUCGCAAAGGGACAUUCCGUGCUCCCCAAGUCGAAGACUGAGUCGAGGAUUAAGGCGAACUUGGAGGGCGAUUUCGAAUUGUCCGAAGAGGAGGUCAAGAAGAUCGAGAGCAUCGACAAGAAAUUGCGCUUCAAUGAUCCAAGUGCAAGGUUCUCUUGGGACUUCUACACCGACUUGGACGGCAAGAGGAAAUAA